GAAGGGGCUUCUUCCCAUUGACGAUCUUUGCAUUGAUCUUGUGCUUUUUGGAAGAGUUCUCCUUGCGAGUGAUUAGUGCAAAGUCUUCUUAAUUUCUGGUAAGGGUUCUCAGUAGAUUGCCUGGGGACUCAACACAGGGAGAUGGGAAAGGAAAGAAAAAGCCACAACCAUGUCCCUUCUCGGAACACAUCACCACUGGGUGGAGUAGGUCUGAUAUUGUGAAGCAUCUGCCAGUGGGAGCUCAUUCCUUUUUGCUUGGUUUAAAUGAUCUUGUUUGUUCUCCUCUUGUGCUGGGCGAUUGGUUUGUGUCCUCCAUGAGGGUUCUGAGCAGCUAGGAAAUCCAACCGUCUAGCCAUGCUCUCUUGCGAUUGAGCUUCGUUCGGAAUCCCUUGCGGUGGUAGGAGAAAAUGAAACCCAUGAGCGGCAGCAACAACAACAGCAACAACUGGUUGGGUUUCUCUCUCUUCACACACAUGAAUAUGGAGGUGCCUGCGGAGCCACAUCAUCACCAAGACCAUGCCAGCCAUCAUCGCCAAACACAACCCGCUGCCGCCGCCGCUUCGUCUGCAGUACCAUGCAGCAUCUUCCUAUCGCCGCAGGUAAACAACUCCAGGAUAUGCUACGGGAUGGAAGGCCCGAACGGAGGACUUUACUCUCAGCUAUCUGUCAUGCCACUGAAGUCUGAUGGGUCUCUGUGCAUCAUGGAAGCUCUCAGCAGAUCCCAGCAGCAAGCAUUGGUGCCAUCUCCAUCACCAAAGCUGGAGGACUUUCUUGGCGGCGGACCACACAUGGGGAUCCAUCACCAGUUUGGGAACAAUGGCAGGGCAGCAAUGGCGUUAAGCUUAGACAACACACACUACAGCAAAGAAUCCGAGACCGAGGGCAACAGAAACCACUCUCUGGACCAUCUCCGCAGACAACAGAUUCAAGCGCAACAGCAACAGCAAUUCUACUUCCAGCCAUUGCAAGAAGGAAUGUGCUCCGGGCUGACGAGCCAUGAAAUGUAUGAGGCCACGAUGGGGGAAGGAUCAACGGCAUACGAAGGGAUUCCCAGCCUGAAAAGUUGGGUGGACAGGCACUACAAUGGUUGCGGAAACGCGUUGUGCGAGGAAGGAGGCCUUGGAACCGGCCCUGUCGGUGCAAUGGGUUAUGGGGAGCUGCAGUCUCUGAGCUUGUCCAUGAGCCCUGGAUCUCAGUCCAGCUGCAUCACAGCUCCACUGCACAUCGCCACUGCCGCUCCAACUGAGUGCAUGGAUUUAGAUGCGCCAAAAAAGAGAGGGAACGGCAAAGGGGGCCAGAAGCAACCGGUUCACAGGAAAUCCAUCGACACAUUUGGGCAGAGAACAUCUCAGUAUAGAGGUGUUACAAGGCAUCGGUGGACUGGUAGAUACGAAGCACAUCUAUGGGACAACACUUGCAAGCAAGAAGGUCAGACAAGGAAAGGAAAGCAAGUUUAUCUUGGGGGGUAUGACAUGGAGGAGAAAGCUGCUCGAGCGUAUGACUUGGCUGCAUUAAAGUAUUGGGGGCCAUCAACACAUAUCAACUUCCCGUUGGAGAGCUACCAAGAAGAGCUCGAAGAAAUGAAGAACAUGACCAGGCAAGAGUACGUUGCCCACUUGAGAAGGAACAGCACUGGGUUCUCACGAGGGGCUUCCAUGUACCGAGGAGUCACAAGGCACCACCAACACGGAAGGUGGCAAGCUCGAAUUGGUAGGGUUGCCGGGAACAAAGAUCUGUACCUCGGAACCUUCAGUACACAAGAAGAAGCUGCCGAAGCCUAUGACAUCGCUGCAAUCAAAUUUCGUGGGGUAAAUGCAGUCACCAACUUUGACAUAACCAGAUACGACGUCGACAAGAUAAUGGCUAGCAGCACACUGUUAUCGGGAGAGCUGGCGAGGAGAAUCAAGGUUAAUGACGCAGGAAAAGAACCAACCCCAGAACAAAGUGGCUGCAAAGAUCUUGUGGAAGAAAACAGUAGCAGUGGUUCGGGUUGGAAGAUGGACUUCCAUUCGGCUCAGCAAGCUCCGCCUUCAUCAGAAUCGCAUGAUCCCAAGUCCCUGGGAGGCGGUGGCGACUACAGGAGCCCCAUGGAGUUCUCACCUGUUCUUCAUGGUCUGGUCGUGGAAAGCUUGAGUCCAGCGCAAGGGCUGCGUGAUUUGGAGAAGAUCGGAAACUGCCACGCAGCAAACCCAGCAUCAACGAUGGCCACCGUGGGUUGCUCCCCGGAAGAGGGUCAUCAUGAUGGGACUGGUUUCUCAUUGAUGUAUGGCAAGGCAUCACCAAAGUUCACUGGUUCUACCACCAUAAGUUCUUGGGUUCCACCUGCUCAGCUCAGGCCAACGAUAUCCAUGUCUCAGAUGCCAGUUUUUGCUGCAUGGGGUGAUGCUUAAUCUUACUGUUGCGAUGGUAGAGCAUUGGAAGCUGAUGAAGGAGAACCUCGAUAGAGAGAGAAACAGAGAGACGUGGCAGAUGCAGAAAACGAAGAGACUGGUAGUGGGUGACGAGAUGGUUAGAGCAGGCUUUUAACAUGUCAGUAGGUUAGGUCUUUCUCUUUCUAACUCUGGGGCCAUUUUGGAGGAGAACACUGCCAAACACAGUGGGGCUUCAGGGUUAGAGAGAAUGAUGUCAUUGUAUGAAAUGAUGUUUAGUUAGUCAACAAGAAAGAAAAGUUGGAUUUCUUA